UGUUUUUUGUUUGUUUUUGUAUUAAAAUGGCAGGAUCAGUCUUAAAAAUACAACUGCGCAAAAUCAAGCAACCAGAGCAGCUGAACAUAUAAUAAUAUGUCUAGUUUUAGCUCGAGCGCUGCAGACGAAGCGAGUUCGAAUUGUUUACGUUUGACCAUGGAAUGCGCUUUCGUAGUUAGCGUGGGCUAAAUUAGAUGGGUCGGAUAUAGCUAGUGGGAUGUUAAAUUUAGGCCAAAAUGGAGAGUAAUUCAUAUUUUUAAGAGUUUUAUUUAGUUAAUUACAGCUACAUUAGUUUCAUAGACGUUUUAUUAUAGUGGCGCCAAAUAUUGCGCAUGGGAUUAUUGUUUAUAAGUCUUAUAAAUAAGACUACUGCUACAGAUUCAAAUUCUUCGCCUAGAAAGCCAUAGAACUAAGAAGGCUAAAUUAGUAGCCUAAAAGAGUCGAAACAGUGCUGUGACACCAGAGGAGAAUGACACGUGAUGUCAAAAAUACAAAGGGCCGUCCUAAUAAAUGCGCGAGGGAAACCCAGCGUGAUGCUACACCUGUUCAUCCCAACGCUCGGACCAUUGUCAGCCCCAGAAAGUCUACAAGCAAGGACGAUGAAACACUCCAGAGGUUGGAAGAGAUAAAGAAAAUGCAUUUCCAAAUUAGAGAAUCUGAGUCUGAGACCGAUGAGGGCGAUGAUUAUGACGAUGAGGAUGGAGCUCAUCAGAAGAACACACCUGCUUAUCUGGACGGUGCUAGUCGGAAGAUGGGAAGCUACCGCCUUGCUGCAGCAGUCCCCAGAAGCAUGAACACCACUAGUAGAAGGAUUGGCAGACAUAGCUGUAAGCGCCCUGCGGGGAAUGACUCUUCUUCUGAUGAAGAUGACAUGGACAGGUGCCUCCCCCUAAAUAUUCGAAAGGAGGACCUUGCAGGACUCGUUAAGGACAGGAUGAAGUCUGGAGCAAACCUUGCUGAUGUGGACCCAGUCUUUGUAGACCAAUCAAUUGGCUUUGAUGCUGUUGGGGGUCUAACUAGCCAUAUCGCAGCUCUCAAGGAGAUGGUGGUUUUUCCUCUUCUGUACCCAGAGGUGUUUGAAAAGUUCAAGAUUGAAUCUCCAAAGGGCUGCUUGUUCUACGGACCACCUGGGACAGGGAAGACUUUGGUGGCUCGUGCCUUGGCCAAUGAGUGUAGCAAUGGGGACAGAAGGGUGGCCUUCUUUAUGCGGAAGGGAGCAGACUGCCUAAGCAAAUGGGUGGGCGAGUCUGAGAGACAUCUGCGACUUCUUUUUGAUCAGGCUUACCAGAUGAGACCAUCCAUCAUAUUUUUUGACGAGAUUGAUGGAUUGGCCCCCGUCCGAUCAAGCCGACAGGAUCAAAUACACAGCUCCAUUGUGUCCACUCUGCUGGCCUUGAUGGAUGGGCUGGACAGCAGAGGAGAGGUUGUGGUCAUCGGCGCCACCAACAGGCUGGAUGCCAUCGACCCUGCACUGAGGAGACCAGGGCGUUUCGACAGGGAGUUUCUUUUCGGUCUGCCAGACAGAGAGGCUCGUAAGGAUAUACUUGAGAUUUACACGAAACAGUGGAAACCCACGCCAUCUGAUGCUUUUCUUGAGGAGCUUGCAGACAAGUGUGUUGGUUACUGUGGCGCAGACAUCAAGGCCGUAUGUGCCGAGGCAGCCCUGUGCGCCCUGCGCCGGCGCUACCCACAGAUCUACAGGUCCUCGGAGAAGCUUGUCCUGGAUAUCUCCUCCAUCACUAUCAACAGCUGUGACUUUGUGACGGCCAUGCGGAAGCUGGUGCCGGCCUCACAACGCUCCAUGUCGUCCCCGGCUAAAGCGCUCAUCCCCACCGUCCAGCCGCUGCUGGGCUCGGCGCUCGGCAACAUCCUGUUGACACUGCAGAUGCUCUUCCCCCACACAGAGCAAGGCCUCAGGAGGAAGAAGGAUUCCGAUCUCACCUCUGCCAUCCUGGAUGAUGAUCUGCUGUAUGCGGAUGAGGAGGCAACCUCCAGUGGAGCCAUCUACAAGAAGACCCCAGACAAAGGCAGUUUCCUCCAGACUAUGAGGAGUGCAGCACGUCACCCCACCUCUCACCGGCCGCGGCUGCUCCUGUCUGGACGCCCUGGCUCAGGACAGACCACCCACGUGGCCCCCGCGGUGCUCCAUGCCCUGGAGAAGUUCACCGUCUACACGCUGGACAUGGCCUCUCUGUUCGGGGACUGCACCACCUCUGCUGAGCAGGCCUGCUGUCAGAUUUUUUGUGAGGCCAAGAGAACCGCCCCCAGCAUUGUGUACAUGCCCUUCAUCGAGCAGUGCUGGGACACUGUGACCCCCGUGUUCAGGACCACCUUUCUCAGCCUACUGCUGUCCAUUCCUCCUUUCUCCCCCAUUCUGCUGUUGGCCACGACCAAUUUGGCCCUCAACCAACUCGAUGAAGAGGUUCGGCAGCUGUUUCAAGAGGAGCUUGGGGAGGUGCACUGCUUGAGCCCUCCUUCUUCACAGGAGAGAAGAAAAUUUUUCGAGGACCUCAUUGUCUGUCAGGCAGCCAAAGCCCCAGCAGAAAAGAGAGAAGCUCUCCUGCAGGCCAUUGAGGUUCUGCCCAUAGCCCCCCCACCUCCCCCCCGGCAGAUAUCCGAGAACGAGCGUCUGCGUCUGGAGCAGCAGGAGGAGGACACGCUCCGAGAGCUCCGCCUGUUCCUGCGCUGUGUGACCGACCGUCUCAUACUGGACAGGCGCUUUAAGGCCUUCUCUAAACCUGUGGAUAAAGAACAGGUGCCAGACUACCUCACUGUUGUGAGGCACCCCAUGGACCUCUCCACAGUGCUCUCCAAGAUCGAUCGGCAGAAGUACAUCACAGUCAGAGAAUACCUGCAUGACGUUGACCAGAUAUGGGAGAAUGCCCUUGAAUACAAUCCUGAAGACGAUCCAUAUGAUCGUCAGAUCCGUCACCGGGCAUGUGCCCUGAAGGACACUGUCCACGCCAUCAUCAAAGAUGAGCUGAAGGAGGACUUUGAAAGGAGCUGUGAGCAAAUCAAAGAAACGCGUGCAAAGAGAGGUCAGGAUGGUAACGUCGCAGUCAUCAACCCUCCAAAGCCCAAUCAGAAGAGGAAGAUGGGGCGAGAGGAUCAGGAGAUGGAGAAGCGGGGUAGGAUGACGCGAGCCACCAAAACCCUGCUGGCUCAGCAGCACCAGCUCAUCGACGUGGACAAAGCCCUGGAGUUCCUCGCCAAGAAAACCCCUCAGCUGGUGGUGAAUCACGAUAGCAUCAAGGACUUGCUAAAAUGUGUCGUCACGAAGACUGAGGGAUUUGAAGUCUAUCAGCUGGAGAAGGUUUAUGCCCUUCUGAGCCAGAGCAUCUACAGGCACCGCAAAGAGUAUAACAAAACUGAACUGGUCAAGGAAAUGAAAAGAGAAAUUGAAAAUCUUUCAUAACAUAUUGUGUUUAUCAUUUGACCAAAUAAAAUAUACAGCAUAUCAAAGAUGGACUAGACUCUCAUUUGAUAUUUUGAUGUGUACAUUUACACUCAAAUCUGUUUGUAAGCUUAAAGUUGCAAAGUUGUAAGCUUAAAGUUGUUAAAUAUGCAGUCUCCAGUAUUUUGGAUUCAAUUUUCGUAGAAAAAGAUUGUUGAUAUUUCAGCUCAACAACCAAUCAAAUUAGAACCCGUCCCUUCCAUGCUCCUGAAGCACUGUGUUGAUUGGCUGGGAUUGUUUAUGGCUCAGUCCGAUCC